AUGGAUGCAGGCAUGAACACAUCUUCGCACCUGAAGGCGCAGGCUCGGUUUCCUCUUCAAGAACACUUUCUCCCCAGGAAGAAUUCCAAGGAAAAUCUUGACAGGUUUAUACCGAACAGAUCCGCCAUGGAUUUCGACUAUGCGCACUACGCCCUGACCGAAGGAAGGAAAGGUAAGGAUCAAACCGCAGCGGUAAGCUCACCAUCCAGAGAGGCGUACCGGAAGCAAUUGGCUGAGACGAUGAACCUGAACCACACCCGGAUCCUCGCCUUCAGGAACAAACCUCAAGCUCCAGUCGAAUUGCUUCCCAGCGACCACUCUGCUUCUCUUCACCAGCAACCCAAAUCCGUUAAGCCUCGCCGUUACAUUCCUCAGACUUCUGAGAGGACAUUGGAUGCACCUGAUAUUGUGGAUGACUUCUACCUCAACUUGCUUGACUGGGGCAGUGCCAAUGUCUUAGCCAUAGCGUUGGGCCACACUGUCUAUCUGUGGGAUGCUUCCACUGGUUCCACGUCUGAGCUUGUGACCAUUGACGAAGAGAAAGGACCUGUCACAAGUAUCAACUGGGCACCUGAUGGUCGUCAUGUCGCAGUUGGCCUCAACAACUCUGAAGUGCAACUCUGGGAUUCUGCAUCCAACCGUCAACUGAGAACAUUGAAAGGUGGCCACCAAUCAAGAGUCGGAUCAUUGGCAUGGAACAACCACAUCCUCACCACUGGAGGGAUGGACGGACAGAUCAUCAACAACGAUGUGAGGAUCAGAUCACACGUUGUGGAAACCUACAGGGGCCACACUCAAGAGGUCUGUGGUCUCAAGUGGUCAGGCUCUGGACAGCAGCUUGCAAGUGGUGGCAACGACAAUGUGGUUCACAUUUGGGAUCGUUCUGUGGCCUCCUCAAACUCGUCCACUCAGUGGCUCCACAGGCUUGAAGAGCACACAUCUGCAGUUAAAGCCCUUGCCUGGUGCCCUUUCCAAGCCAAUUUGCUUGCAACUGGUGGCGGUGGAGGAGAUAGGACGAUCAAGUUCUGGAACACUCACACCGGAGCUUGCUUGAAUUCGGUGGACACUGGCUCCCAAGUCUGUUCUUUGUUAUGGAACAAGAAUGAAAGAGAGUUGCUUAGCUCACAUGGGUUUACGCAGAACCAGCUCACACUUUGGAAGUACCCUUCCAUGGUGAAAAUGGCUGAGCUCACUGGUCAUACUUCAAGAGUUCUAUAUAUGGCCCAGAGCCCAGAUGGUUGUACCGUAGCUUCAGCAGCAGGAGACGAGACUCUGAGGUUCUGGAAUGUUUUCGGAGUACCAGAGACCGCCAAGAAACCUGCUCCAAAAGCAGCCCAUGAGCCAUUCUCUCACGUGAAUCGUAUCCGUUGA